GCUUUCCCUCACCCCGAUGAGAGCCGCUUGCCGUCUCAGACUCUGACAAGACUUCAGGAAACCAAGAUGGAUUACAGUUCCUUCAGUGGAGCCCCAAGGUUCCUGACUCGGCCUAAGGCCUUCAUGGUGUCGGUGGGGAAGGAUGUCACCCUGAGCUGCCAGAUUGUGGGAAACCCCGUCCCGCUCGUGAGCUGGGAAAAGGAUAAGCUUCCGAUCCAGUCGGGGGGAAGGUUUAAAAUGGUGGAAGAUGGUGAUCUGUACCGGCUAACAAUUUAUGACCUGAGCUUAGAGGACAGUGGUCAGUAUAUCUGCAGGGCCAAGAACACCAUUGGGGAAGCUUUUACUGCUGUCAGUAUCAAAGUUGGGGAGGAGAUGACGGUGACGGAAUCGGCCCCUUACUUCAUCCAGAAACCAUCCUCCAUCAGAGUGACCCUGGGAGACGACGUUACGUUCAAAUGUAAAGUCCAGGGCAGCACGCCCCUCUCUGUGAACUGGGAGAAAGAUGGGAAGCACGUGAGGGGCUGGUCCGACUCCAGCCGCUUCCAGAUUGAGUCCCUCGGGGAGUCAAAUGCUCUCAAGAUCCAGUGCGCUCGGUUGGGGGACAGUGGGACAUAUGUGUGUCGGGCGGAGAACCCCAUUGGCUCUGCCAGUGCUACCGCCACCUUGGUGGUGGACACGCAUGGUCCUUACAGUCCGAGCAGCAGCCAUCUAGACACAGGCUAUGGCAAGACUGCCUCCUUGCUGUCUCAUUUGCAAAAGAGGCGGGAGGAGAUCAGGAAGAUGGACACGUCCAUGCUUGCAGCCGCUGAUCCCAUGGCUGCCCCAAUGUACUCCGUCCCAGAGGGGCUGUCUGGUAUUGGUCUCAGCCUUUCUCUGGAUUACGAGAGGGCUGCCAGUCUCACCACCAAAUCAGCCCGCAACGCCACCUUCGGGGUGCUGACGCGUACCUUCAACGUGACGGAGGGGAAGCACGCCAAGCUGAGCUGCUAUGUGACAGGAGAGCCAAAGCCGGAGAUUGUGUGGAAGAAGGAUGGCGAGGUGAUUACAGAGGGGCGCCGGCACGUUGUGUAUGAGGAUGAACAGGAGAACUUUGUGCUGAAGAUCCUUUUCUGCAAGCAGGUCGAUAACGGGCUCUACACCUGCACAGCCUCCAACCUGGCAGGGCAGACCUACAGCUCCGUGCUGGUCACUGUCAGAGAGCCCAUAAUACCGUUCAAGACAAAACUGGAGGAUGUUGAAGUUCAGGAGAAAGAAUCCGCCACCUUCCAGUGUGAGGUGCCUGUCCCUAGCACUGAAACUGCCUGGUUCAAAGAGGAGACCAAACUCCAGCAGAGCAAGAAGUACAACAUUGAAGAAGAGGGGACAUACCGCCGGCUCACCGUCCAGAAUGUCACCACGGAUGAUGACGCCGUCUACAUCUGUGAAAUGAAGGAGGGGAGCAGGACCAUCGCAGAACUCACUGUCCAGGGGAACAUCAUUAAAAAACUGCCACGGAAGACUGCGGUCCCCAUAAACGACACAGCCAUAUUCUGCGUGGAGCUGGACAACGAGUGCCAGAACAUCCACUGGCUGAAGAAUAUGGAAGAAAUGAAACCCAAUGACCGAAUCACUAUCACCUCAGCUGGCAAGCAACAUACGCUGAUUAUCCGGGAGUGCAAGAUGGAAGACGCCGGGGAGAUUGCAUUCCUGGCUGAUGAGUGCAGAACAUCUACCCAGUUCACUGUGUCCACUCCAAGAAAACCCCCAUCCCAUCCCCCAUCUGACCCCGUGGUGAAAAAUAAAACAGAAACCUCCGUGACGCUUGCCUGGUCCCCUCCCAAAAUGGAGCAAUUCAUUCUCCUCGAUGGCUACCUGGUGGAACGUAAGAAGCUGACCGGCUUUAGCUGGAUGAGAUGCCACCAAUCUCACAUCCCCAUCCCAGAGUUCACAGUGAGCGAUCUGGCGGAAGAGGCAGACUACCAGGUCCGCGUGUCUGCAGUCAACAGCUAUGGGCAGAGCUCUUACCUAGAGUUCCCAGGGACCCUGCACCUCGAACCAGCAUUGGCUGUGAAAACACCCCUGACUGAUGUUGAAGCUACUGCAGGAGGUGAUGCUACCUUUAUUGUUGACCUCACGACUGCUUGUUCUGGCACCUGGUACCUUAAUGGCAAAGCCAUACAGAGCAGUGAAAUCUACAUCAUUCGGAGAACCAAAACCACCCACAUCCUCACCAUAAGAAACGUCACCAAGAAUGAUGAUGGAGCAGAGGUGAAAUUUGUUGCCAAGAACAUUGAAACCAGUACGAAGAUGAAAGUAAAAGCUGCUGCAGUAAGAAUCACCAACAAGAGUGGAGACACAGAAAAGGUGUCUGUUCGGCUGUGUGAGGAGGCACAGCUUUGGGCGGAGCUGUCAGAUGUGGCAGCUUCCGUGAAGUGGAUGAAGAAUGGGAAGGAAAUCCAGGCCAGUCCAAAAUACGAAUUGAAAACAGCAGAGAAGAAACGCAUCCUGAAAAUUCACAACAUCACAGCAGAGGAUGCUGGCGUUUAUGAAUGUGUCUGUGAAGGGGAUGAAAUAGUCUAUCAACUCUCAGUGAAAGCACUCGUGCACUUCACAAACAAAGAGAAAGCUGGUGGUGUUGUCAUCGCCAUCUCCGGAAAACAGGCCGAAUUUGUUUCUGAGACCUCUGAAGCCAAUGUCAUGGUGCAGUGGUACAAAGACGGCAAAGAAAUCAGACGCACAAAGAAAUUCACCCUGGAGGAUAAUGGAAAGCUGCACAAGCUCAUCGCCUCAGCUGUAAUGAAAGAAGAUGAGGGAACGUACAUGUGCAAAGUUGGAGAGGACACUCUAGUUUUCAAUUUAAAGGUCUCAGAUGAAGUUGUUAAGUUUGUCAACAAGCCUAAAGCAAUGCCAGAAAUUUCAGUCAGUCCUUCUGAGGGUCUAGAGCUGGCGUGUGAGGUGUCGGUGGCCAGUGGAGCUGUUGUGUGGAAGAAGGAUCAAACUGAGGUUAAGCAGGACCAGAGAAUGACCGUCACCUCUCAGGGAACAGACCGAAAACUCAUCAUCAAGAAUGUAACACAGCAUGACCAAGGGAGCUACACCUGUGAAUCUAAGGAUGACAAAGUAACAUUCCAAGUCAAAGUCAAAGAGAUGGAAGAGGUGUUUUCAAACAAGCAGAAGGUGCAGAAGGAGGUGAAGGCCGCCCUGACAGAGAGUGCCACCCUUAGCUGUGAGGUGACUCAGGCCAAGACUGAAGUGAGGUGGUACAAGGACGGGAAACUGAUCACCUCCAGCAAGAAAUUCAAGGUGGAGUCUGAGGGCAAAUCCCGGCGUCUGGUCGUGGAGCAGGUGGAGAAGAAGGAUGCUGGAGAGUACACCUGUGAGGCCGCAGGCCAGAAACUGACCUUCAAAGUUAUCAUCACAGAGCCUGAGGAAGUGUUUGCAAACAAGGAGAAGGUGCAGAAGGAGGUGAAGGCCGCCCUGACAGAGAGCGCCACCCUGAGCUGUGAGGUGGCCCAGGCCAAGACUGAAGUGAAAUGGUACAAGGAUGGAAAACUGAUCACCUCCAGCAAGAAAUUUAGGGUGGAGUCUGAGGACAAAUCCCGGCAUCUGGUGGUAGAGCAGGUGGAGAAGCAAGAUGCUGGAGAGUACACCUGUGAGGCCGCAGGCCAGAAACUGACCUUCAAGAUUAUCAUCACAGAGAGAGAGGAUGUGUUUGCAAACAAGGAGAAGGUGCAGAAGGAGGUCAAGGCCGCCCUGACAGAGAGCGCCACCCUGAGCUGUGCAGUGGCCCAGGCCAAGACUGAAGUGAAAUGGUACAAGGACGGGAAACUGAUCACCUCCAGCAAGAAAUUCAAAGUGGAGUCUGAGGGCAAAUCCCGGCAUCUGGUGGUGGAGCAGGUGGAGAAGAAGGAUGCUGGAGAGUACACCUGUGAGGCUGCAGGCCAGAAACUGACCUUCAAGGUUCUUGUCACUGAGAGAGAGGAUGUGUUUGCAAACCAGGAGAAGGUGCAGAAGGAGGUGAAGGCCGCUCUGACAGAGAAUGCCAUCCUGAGCUGUGAGGUGACUCAGGCCAAGACUGAAGUGAAAUGGUACAAGGACGGGAAACUAAUCACUUCCAGCAAGAAAUUCAAAGUGGAGUCUGAGGGCAAAUCCCGGCGUCUGGUGGUGGAGCAGGUGGAGAAGAAGGACGCUGGAGAGUACAUCUGUGAGGCCGCAGGCCAGAAACUGACCUUCAAGAUCACUGUCACAGAGAGAGAGGAUGUGUUUGCAAACAAGGAGAAGGUGCAGAAGGAGGUCAAGGCCGCCCUGACAGAGAGCGCCACCCUGAGCUGUGAGGUGGCCCAGGCCAAGACUGAAGUGAAAUGGUACAAGGACGGGAAACUGAUCACCUCCAGCAAGAAAUUCAAAGUGGAAUCUGAGGGCAAAUCCCGGCGUGUGGUGGUGGAGCAGGUGGAGAAAAAGGACGCUGGAGAGUACACCUGUGAGGCUGCAGGCCAGAAACUGACCUUCAAAGUUCUUGUCACUGAGAGAGAGGAUGUGUUUGCAAACAAGGAGAAGGUGCAGAAGGAGGUCAAGGCCGCCCUGACAGAGAGUGCCAUCCUGAGCUGUGAGGUGGCCCAGGCCAAGACUGAAGUGAAAUGGUACAAGGACGGGAAACUGAUCACCUCCAGCAAGAAAUUCAAAGUGGAAUCUGAGGGCAAAUCCCGGCGUGUGGUGGUGGAGCAGGUGGAGAAGAAGGACGCUGGAGAGUACACCUGUGAGGCCGCAGGCCAGAAACUGACCUUCAAAGUUCUUGUCACUGAGAGAGAGGAUGUGUUUGCAAACCAGGAGAAGUUGCAGAAGGAGGUGAAGGCCGCCCUGACAGAGAGCGCCACGCUGAGCUGUGAGGUGGCCCAGGCCAAGACUGAAGUGAAGUGGUACAAGGAUGGGAAACUGAUCACCUCCAGCAAGAAAUUCAAAGUGGAAUCUGAGGGCAAAUCCCGGCAUCUGGUGGUGGAGCAGGUGGAGAAAAAGGACGCUGGAGAGUACACCUGUGAGGCCGCAGGGCAGAAACUGACCUUCAAGAUUGUUGUCACAGAGAGAGAGGAUGUGUUUGCAAACAAGGAGAAAGUGCAGAAGGCGGUCAAGGCCGCCCUGACAGAGAGCGCCAGCCUGAGCUGUGAGGUGGCCCAGGCCAAGACUGAAGUGAAAUGGUACAAGGACGGGAAACUGAUCACCUCCAGCAAGAAACUCAAAGUGGAGUCUGAGGGCAAAUCCCGGCAUCUGGUGGUGAAGCAGGUGGAGAAGAAGGAUGCUGGAGAGUACACCUGUGAGGCCGCAGGCCAGAAACUGACCUUCAAAGUUCUUGUCACUGAGCCCGAAGAAGUGUUUGCAAACAAGGCGAAGGUGCAGGAGGAGGUGAAAGCCGAACUGACAGAGAGCGCCACCCUGAGCUGUGAGGUGGCCCAGGAAAAGUCUGAUGUGAAAUGGUACAAGGACGGGAAACUUAUCACCUCCAGCAAGAAAUUCAAAGUGGACUGUGAGGGGAGAUCCCGGCAUCUGGUCGUGAAUCAGCUUGAGAAGAAGGAUGCUGGAGAGUACACCUGUGAGGCUGCAGGCCAGAAACUGACCUUUAAAAUUAUCGUCACAGAGCCUGAAGAGGUGUUUGCAAACCAGGAGAAGGUGCAGAAGGAGGUGAAGGCCGCCCUGACAGAGAAUGUCACCCUGCGCUGUGAGGUGACCCAGGCCAAGACUGAAGUGAAAUGGUACAAGGACGGGAAACUGAUCACCUCCAGCAAGAAAUUCAAGGUGGAAUCUCAGGAUAAAUCACGGCGUCUGGUCAUGGAGCAGGUGGAGAAGAAAGACGCUGGAGAGUACACCUGUGAGGCCGCAGGCAAGAAACUGACCUUCAAGGUUAUCAUCACAGAGGCAGAAGAUGUGUUUACAAACAAAGAGAAGGUGCAGAAGGAGGUGAAGGCCGCCCUGACAGAGAGCGCCACGCUGAGCUGUGAGGUGGCCCAGGCCAAGACUGAAGUGAAAUGGUACAAGGAUGGGAAAUUGAUCACUUCUGGCAAGAAACUCAAAGUGGAGUCCCAGGACAAAUCCCGACGGCUGGCCAUGGAGCAGGUGGAGAAGAAAGAUGCUGGAGAGUACACCUGUGAGGCUGCAGGCCAGAAAUUAACCUUCAAAGUUAUCGUCACAGAACCUGAAGUUGUGUUUGCAAACAAGGAGAAGGUGCAGAAGGAGAUGAAGGCUGUCCUGACGGAGAGCACCACCCUGAGCUGUGAGGUGGCCCAGGCCGAUACUGAAGUGAGGUGGUACAAGGAUGGGAAACUGAUCACCUCCAGCAAGAAAUUCAAAGUGGAGUCUGAGGGCAAAUCCCGACGGCUGGUGGUGAAGCAGGUGGAGAAGAAGGAUGCUGGAGAGUACACCUGUGAGGCCGCAGGCCAGAAACUGACCUUCAAGGUUAUCAUCACAGAGCCUGAAAUCAUAUUUGCAAACCAGGAGAAGGUGCAGAAGGAGGUGAAGGCUGUGCUGACAGAGAGCGCCACCCUCUCCUGCGAAGUGGCCCAGGCCAAAACUGAAGUGAAAUGGUACAAGGAUGGGAAACUAAUCACCUCCAGCAAGAAAUUCAAAGUGGAGUCUGAGGGCAAAUCCCAGCGUCUGCUCGUGGAGCAGGUGGAGAAGAAGGAUGCUGGAGAGUACACCUGUGAGGCGGCAGGCCAGAAACUGACCUUCAAGUUUAAUGUCACAGAGCCAGAAUCUGCAUUUGUAAACCAGGAGAAGGUGCAGAAGGAGGUGAAAGCUGUGCUGACAGAGAGCACCAUCCUGUCCUGCGAAGUGGCCCAUGCUAAGACUGAAGUGAAAUGGCACAAGGACGGGAAACUGAUCACCCCUAGCAAGAAACUCAAAGUAGAGUCUGAGGGUAAAUCCCGGCGUCUGGUAGUAGAGCAGGUGGAGAAGAAGGAUGCUGGAGAGUACACCUGUGAGGCUGCCGGCCAGAAACUGGCCUUCAAAAUUGAAGCAAUAGAACCGGAGGCUAAAUUCCAAAAGAAACUUGACCAGAAAGAACUGAUUGUUGCUCAGGAAUAUGAGAGCAUCACGCUGUCCACUUCAGUAAUGCCUGAAACAGCCGUAGUCAAGUGGUUCAGGGAUGGAACUGAGAUCAAGGGAAGCAAAAAGUAUGAGAUUAAGGCUGACGGGGCCUCCAGGACUCUGACUGUGAAGCUGGCUGAGGGCAAAGACAGUGCUGUGUACACCUGCGAGACAAAGAGCGACAAGCAGGAGUUCAACGUGCAGGUGAAAGAAAUCCCUGUGAAGUUUGCAAAGAAAUUAGAAGCGGUGAGUUCCGAGAUCGGAGGGACCAUCUCUCUGACCUGUGAGCUGAGCCAGGCCAAGGGGGAUGUGCUGUGGUACAAGAACGGAGUGGAGAUCAAACCCAGCAAGCGCUUCCAGAUUAGCGAGGAUGGUGUCAAGCGGACCCUGACCAUAAAGGGACUCCGGGCCGAAGACAAGGGAGAGUACUCCUGUGAAUCCCGGGAUGACAAAAGCAGCAUUCAGGUCACCCCCAAAGCUCCUAGAGUGGUGAAGUUCACUACAGGCCUUCACAACGUGGUGUCUGAAGAAGGAAAAGAGGCCACAUUCAAAUGCACCGUCUCCCCCAGCGAUGCUGCAGUUACAUGGCACAGAAACAGUGUCAAAAUUGAAGCCAGUAAGAAACACGUGAUCUCUCAGAAGGACACCAACCACAGCCUCACCAUCGUUGACCUGACUCUGGAGGAUGCAGCAGAAAUCUCAGCCAAUGCAGAGGGUGUGGAAAGCAAAGCCACCCUCACAGUCCGAGAGGCGCCGGUGAUGUUCAAGAAGAAACUGGAGCCCAAAACGGUUGAGGAGAGGGACACGGUGACCCUGGAGGUAGAGCUGAGCAAGCCUUCCAUGGAGGUGAAAUGGAUGAGGAACAGCAUCGUGCUGCAGUCCAGUGACAACGUUGAGAUCAAGGCUGAGGGGCCGAAACACAGCUUGAUGAUUAAGAACAUCACCUUUGCCGACCGGGGCUUCUAUUGCUGUGAGACUCUCGAAGAUAAGACCCAGGCCAAGCUGAAUGUGCAAAUGAGGCAGAUCAAACUGGUGAAAGGCCUGCAGUCGCUGGAAGCCCGUGAAAAGGGGACUGUCACCUUCGAGCUGGAGCUGUCUCAUGAGGAUGUGGAAGGAAGCUGGAUGAAGGAUGGCCUGAAACUGAAACCAGGGGAGAACUGCCACAUGAGCGUCCUGGGGAAGAAACAUUCACUGACACUUUCAUCCCUGAAGCUAGAAGACUCAGGACUCAUCUCCUUCAAGGCAGAAGGCAUCCAUUCUUCAGGGAGGCUUAUAGUAACAGAGUUGCCUGUGAAAAUAAGCAAGCCUUUGGUUGACAUCAAAGCUCCUGAGAAGGAUAAGGUGACAUUCGAGUGUGAGCUCUCCAGGCCUAAUGCGGAGGUCAAGUGGUUUAAGAAUGGAUCUGAGCUCCGGCCAAGUAAAAAAAUGGCAAUUAUUUCCCAGGAGAUUAAGAGAAGCCUCAUUAUUCACAAGUGUGACUAUGACGACCAAGGAACCUAUGUAUGCGAUGCAGCUGACGACAAGAGUUCCGCUACCCUUAUUGUCCACGCCCGAGAUAUCAAGAUCAUAAAGCCCCUGGAAGAUGUGGAAGUGAAUGAAAAGGCGAGUGCAUCUUUCACCUGUGAGAUUUCACAUGAUGAAGUCCAAACCCAGUGGUACAAAAAUGACACCAAGCUGAGGGCUGGAGAAAACAUUAAGAUGCGUCAAGAAGGAAAAACCUAUGCAUUAGUUUACAAAAGUGUCCAUGUGGAAGAUGCUGCAGAGAUCAAAUUUGUAGCAGAAAAGGCAGAAUCUCGAGCGCAACUUAGAGUUAAAGAACUGCCUGUAAAAUUUGUGAAGCCUCUGCGGGAUAAGAUUGCUAUUGAGAAGCACCGGGGUGUCCUGGAAUGCCAGGUGUCUCGCCCUACUGCCAAAGUUAAAUGGUAUAAGAAGAAUGUUGAGAUUCUUCCCAGCCAGAAAUAUGAGCUGGUGAGUGACAGUGUCUAUAGGAAACUCAUCAUCAACGACGCCGAGUUUCAGGAUGAGGACGUUUACACAUGUGAUGCUACUGAUGACACAAGCUGUGCUCAUUUCUAUGUUGAAGAGCAAUCCAUUAAUAUUGUAAAGCAGUUAAGUGAUGUGGAUGUGACAGAGCCCACAGAAGCCAAGUUUGAAUGUGAGAUCUCCAUUCCAUCGGUGAAGCCCCCCAAAUGGUCUCUGGGUGGAGAGGUCUUACAGACUGGUAGAAACGUUUCUAUAGAGCAAGAAGGCACCAUCCAUCGGCUGAUUCUGUGGAAGACCAAUUCUGACAUGACAGGCACCAUUCAGUUUGCAAUUGGCAAAUCAAAAUCCACAGCAAACCUGCUUGUAAGAGAUAUUAACGUGCAGAUUACCAGAAAGCUGGAGGAUAAGACUGCCUUAGAACGCCAUUCAGUUGUCCUGUCCUGUGAUUUUAGGCCUUCUCCAAAGGUUGUAGAGUGGUUCAAGGGACACACCCUCAUUGAGCCCUCUGAAAAAUACAAACCCAAGUGGGAGAAGCACACAGCAGAACUCAAAAUUCUGAAACUGACACCUGAAGAUUCCGGCACAUACAAGUGCCGAGCAGGAAAUGCAGAAACCAAAGCCACGCUGACAGUGGAAGCCCGGCAGGUGGCGAUAACCAAACACUUGCAGGAUGUGGAGACUGAGGAGGAGAGCUGCGCUGUCUUCUCCUGUGAGCUGUCCCAUGACGACGAGGAAGUGGAAUGGUUACUGAAUGACACUGUCCUCUACACCAACAGCUGUAAUGAGAUCAAGAAGAUCGGCAAGUACCACACUCUGACACUGAAGCAAGUCACGCCGGACGAUGCAGGAACGGUGACUUUCAAGACAGAGAAGGUGUCAGAAAGCGCUCAGCUGAAGGUGAAAGAGAAGCCCAUCGUCUUCAUGAAGUCCUUGGAUGAUGUUGUUGGGGAGGAGCGUGGUGUGAUCACACUGGAGUGUGAGGUCUCCAAACCAAAGGUCAACCCCAUCUGGAAGAAGGACAAUGUGGAGCUCACCCCUGGCGACAAGUAUGAGCAGAUGCAAGCUGGGAAGACACUGUGUCUCAUUGUUCAUGAUCUGGACAAGAAUGAUGCUGGUUUAUACACAUGUGAUAUUGGCACUGACCUUGCCAAGUCACGGGUCAGCAUUCAGGAGUUGAACAUUGGUAUCACUAAACGCCUGAAGAGCACAGAAGUUCAAGAAGGGGAGAAUUGUACUUUUGAGUGUAUUUUGUCCCAUGAAAGCAUUGGCGAUUUCCACUGGAUGCUGAAGGGGAAUGAAGUGCACAGUGGUGGACGAUUUAAGACCUUUAACAAAGGGAGGAAAUACACUCUCGACAUCAGGAAUGUGGUUGCUGCUGAUGCUGGGGAAGUAGUCUUCACUGCUCGCAACUUAAACUCCAAGGCCUCCCUGGUUGUGAAAGAAAAACCAGCAGAGAUUAUAAAGCAGCUGGAGAAUAAGACAGCAGCAGCAGGACAAGACAUCAGCCUGAGCUGUGAAAUGUCCAAACCUGACACAAAUGUGAAGUGGUACAAGGAUGGCAAAGCGAUUCGGAAAAGCCAAAAAUAUGACUUGCGCCAAGAGGGAACAUGGGCCAUACUCGUCAUCCACGAUACCAUGACCAAGGAUACUGGGGAAUAUACGUGUGAGACGGAGACAUCUAAAACUAAAGCAUCGGUCACAGUAGAAGAAAAACCCAAUCGCUUUCUGAAGGAGCUUUCAGAUCUGAAAGCUGAUGAAAAAGGAGUCGCUGUUUUUGUGUGUCAGACUGAGAAAGCCGCACCCACGGUGACCUGGCGGAAAGGGAUGGUCGAGCUCAAGACAAGCAAGAAAUAUGAGAUCGUCCAGAAAGGGAACAUCCUGCAGCUCACUAUUAAUGCCUUAGAGAAAAGUGACAGCGACACCUACACCUGCGACGUUGGCGAGGCUCAGUCUAGAGCCAAGCUGAUCGUGCAAGGCCAGAAAAUACUAAUAAUUGAAGAUCUGGAAGAUGUUGAUGUGGUAGAAGGAGAAUCUGCCAUGUUCAAAUGCAGAAUCUCUCCAGUAGAAUAUAGCAAUGUGCAGUGGUUUUUGGAUAAAACCCCACUCCAUACCAAUGAACUUAAUGACAUCCAGUCUCAUCCUGGAGGAUAUCACUUGCUAACCUUGAAAAAACUGUCACUGAAGGAUUCGGGGGUCAUUACCUUUGAAGCUGGUGAUAAGAAAACAUCUGCCAGUUUGGUUGUUAAAGAGAAACCCUGCAUCAUUACAAAGGAGCUUGCUGAUGCCAAAAUCUUUGAGGGAGAGGAUGCCUUUCUUCAUUGUGAAACCUCCAAAUCAGACAGCCCGGUAAAGUGGUACAAAGAUGGGAAGACCCUUAGAAACUCCUCUAAGUAUAAGAUCAGCCGGUCGGGAUUUGAAGCCACGCUUGUCAUUCAUGGGACAGAAGAGAGAGACAGUGGCAGAUAUGAGUGUGAGGCUGGAACAGCUAAAAAUAGUGCAGUUGUCACUGUCAAGGCUCUGCCAGUUCGUUUCAAACGAGAACUCCAGAAUGAGGAAGCUAAAGAAGGAAAUCAAGUCAAACUGACCUGUGAGCUGAGCAAACCUGACAUCCCAGUGAAAUGGACAAAGGGAGAUACAGUUCUACAACCCAGUGACAAGUAUGAGUUAAAGCAACACGGCACUGUUGCAGAGCUCAUUAUUCAAGAUGCCAAAUCAAUAGAUGCUGGAGACUAUAGCUGCAGCACUGGAGAACAAAAGACAACUGCUCGGGUGAAAGUAAAUGCUCUGCCAGUCCUUUUUAAACAAAACCUGCAGAACACAGAAAUGGAAGAGGGGAGCACCGUAGCUUUGCACUGUGAGAUCACUAAACCUGAUGCCCGAGUGGUGUGGAAGAAGGGAGGAGCCAUACUCCAGGAGAGUGCCAAGUAUGAGCUGAAGCAGAAGGGUUGUGUGGCAGAGCUGCUCAUUCACAAUGCAGAGCUGGAGGAUGCUGGAAGAUACACCUGUGAUACUGGAGACCAGCAGACGACUGCUCAAGUCAAAAUCCACGCCCUGCCUGCACUCAUCAAAGAAGAACUGAAGAACUUGGAAGCCACAGAAGGUGGAACAGCCACUCUGCGCUGUGAGCUGAGCAAAGCCGCUCCAGUGCAGUGGAAGAAGGGGCCCAAGGGGCUCAGGCCAAGUGGCAAAUACAGAAUGAGACAAGAAGGCACCAUUGCUGAGCUGGUCAUCCAUGAUCUAGAUCUGAAGGAUGCUGGAGAUUACACAUGUGUGUUUGGAGAUCAAAAAACCACAGCAACCUUAACAGUGAAUGCCCUACCCACACGUUUCAAAAAGGAACUGAAGAAUGAGGAGGCCACUGAGAGUGGAACAGCCACACUGCACUGUGAGCUGACCAAGGCUGUUGACUCAGUUGAGUGGUUGAAGGAUCAAAAGGUGCUGAAACCAAGUGGCAAAUACAGGAUGAGGCAGGAAGGCCGCUUUGCUGAGAUGAUUAUCCAAGACCUAGAUUUGGCGGAUGCUGGAGAUUACACUUGUGUGUGUGGCGACCAGAGGACAACAGCUGCUUUAACAGUGAAUGCCUUGCCUGCAUUUUUCCAAGAAGAACUGAAUAACAAGGAAGUUUCAGAGGGUGAGACAGUCACUCUGCACUGUAAAUUGAGCAAGCCCGCCCCAGUGGAGUGGAAGAAGGGACAAAAGGUUCUCAGACCAAGUGAAAAAUGCAAAAUAAGACAGGAGGGUCCCUUUGCUGAACUGUUGAUCCUUGAUCUGGAUUUGAUGGAUGCUGGAGAUUACACUUGUGUGUGUGGAGAACAGCAGACUACAGCGACCUUGACAGUGAAUGUUCUGCCUAUACUUUUCACCAAAGAACUGAAGAAUCAAGAAGCUACAGAAGGUGAAAGUGCCAUUCUGCACUGCGAGCUAAACAAGGUUGCUCCUACCGUGGAGUGGAAGAAGGGACACAAGAUCCUCAAACUGAGUGACAAGUAUAAAAUGAGACGGGAAGGUGUUGUUGUUGAGUUGAUAAUCCAAGACCUAGAAGUGACAGAUGCUGGAAAUUAUACCUGUGUGUGUGGAGACCAACAGACCAUGGCGGCUGUAACUGUAAAUGUCCUGCCUGCAUUUUUCAAGGAGGGAUUGAAGAAUAAGGAAGCCUCAGAAGGUGCAACAGCCACUCUGCACUGUGAGCUGAGCAAAGUCCCUGUCCUCGUGGAGUGGAAGAAGGGGCAAAAAACGCUCAAACCCAGUGAAAAGUACAGAAUGCGACAGGAAGGUGCCAUUGCAGAGCUGUUGAUCCGUGACCUGGAUGUACAAGAUACAGAUGAUUAUACCUGUGUGUGUGGAGACCAGAAGACCUCUGCUGUCUUGACAGUCCACGCUCUGCCUGCACUGUUCAAAAAGGAACUCAAAAAUGAGGAAGCCACAGAAAGUGGGACAGCUACUCUCCACUGUGAGUUGACCAAAGCUUCUGCAGUGGAGUGGAUGAAGGCUCAAAAGGUGCUCAAAGUUAGUGACAAAUAUAAAAUGAGACAGAAGGAUGCCAUUGCUGAGCUGACAAUCCAUGACCUGGAUGAACAGGAUGCUGGAGAUUACACUUGUGUGUGUGGAGACCAGAAGACCACUGCAUCCUUGACAGUGCAUGUCCUUCCUCCACGUUUUAAAAAAGAAUUGAAGAAUUUGGAAGCCAGAGAAGGUGAAGCAGCCAUUCUGUGCUGUGAGCUGACCAAGGUCGCUGCCCCAGUGGAAUGGAAGAAGGGGCCCAAAGUGCUGAAACCAAGUGACAAGUUUAGAAUGAGACAGGAAGGCACCAUUGCUGAGUUAGUGAUCCAUGAUUUAGAUCUGACAGAUGCUGGAGAUUAUACAUGCACGUAUGGAGACCAAAAAACCACAGCUGCCUUAACAGUGAAUGCUCUGCCUGCACGCUUCAAGGAAGAAAUGACAAAUGAGGAAGCCACGGAAGGUGGGAGAGCCACUCUGCGCUGUCAGCUGACCAAGGUUGCUUCGGUGGAGUGGAAAAAGAAGCACAAGGCACUCAAACCAAGUGACAAAUAUACAAUGAGGCAGGAAGGUGCCAUUGCAGAACUAGUCAUCCAUGAUGUAGAAGUCAAGGACUCUGGCGAUUAUACCUGUGUAUGUGGAGACCAGAAGACAAUGGCAGCUUUGAUAGUGCAUGCCCUACCGGUACUUUUCCAAGAAGAAUUAAGAAAUGAAGAAGGCACAGAAGGUGGUGCAGCCACUCUGCGCUGUGAGCUGACCAAGGCUGCCCCAGUGGAGUGGAAGAAGGGACACAAGGUGCUCAAGCCAAGUGACAAAUACAAAAUGAGGCAGAAGGAUACCACUGCAGAGCUGGAGAUCCACAAUCUAGAUGACAAUGAUGCUGGUGAUUAUACCUGUGUGUGUGGAGAUCAGCAGAGCACAGCUGUCUUAGCAGUACAUGCUCUGCCUGCGCUCUUCAAAGAAGAACUGAAGAACGAGGAAGUUACAGAAGGUGGAACAGCCACUCUGCGCUGUGCGCUGACCAAAGCCACUCAAGUAGAGUGGAUGAAAGGGGACAGUUUGCUCAAAGCGAGUGACAAAUACAAAAUGAGACAGGAGGGCACUGUUGUUAAACUGAUUAUUCAUGAUCUAGAACUGAAGGAUGCUGGAGAUUAUACCUGUGUGUGUGGAGACCAGAAGACAGCUGCUGGCUUGAUAGUGCAUGCUCUGCCUGCGCUUUUCAAAGAAGAACUGAAGAACUUGGAAGUCACAGAAGGCAAAACAGCCACUCUGCAUUGUGAGCUGAACAAGCCUGCUUCAGUGGAGUGGAAGAAAGGGCACAAGAUACUCAAGGCGAGUGAAAAAUACAGCAUGAGACAGGAUAGUGUCACUGCUGAGCUGGAGAUCCAUGAUCUAGGUCUGCAGGAUGCAGGAGAUUACACAUGCAUGUGUGGCGACCAGCAGACCACAGCUACGUUGAUAGUAAAUGCCCUGCCUGUACUUUUCAAGCAAGAACUAAAGAAUGAGGAAGUUGCAGAAGGCGGAUCAGUCACUCUGCGCUGCGAACUAACCAAAGCUGCUCCUGUGGAGUGGAAAAUAGGGCACAUUGUGGUCAAAACAAGUGACAAAUAUAAAAUGAGACAGCAGGGUGCCAUUGCAGAGUUGGUUAUCCAUGAUGUAGAACUGAAGGAUGCUAGAGAUUAUACCUGUGUGUCUGGGGAUCAGAAGACAACAGCUGCUUUAACAGUACAUGCUCUACCUGCAUGUUUCAAAAAAGAAUUGAGGAACAAGGAAGCUACAGAAGGUGAAGCUGUCAUUCUUCGCGGUGAGCUGACCAAAGCUGCUCAGGUGGAGUGGAAGAAAGGGCAAAAGGUGCUCAAAGCCAGUGAGAAAUACAAAAUGAGACAAGAAGGUGCCAUAGCAGAGCUGGUGAUCCACAAUCUAGAUUUGAAGGAUACUGAUGAUUAUACCUGUGUGUGUGGAGACCAGCAGACCACAGCUACCUUAACAAUAAAUGCUCUGCCUCCCUCUUUCAAAGAAGAAAUGUGCAAUGAGGAAGCCACAGAAGGUGGAACAGUCACUCUGCACUGUGAGCUGACCAAGGUUGCUGCCCCAGUGGAGUGGAAGAAGGGGCACAGAGUGCUCAAACCGAGUGACAAGUACACAAUGAGACAGGAAGGUUGCAUUGUGGAGCUGGUGGUCCAUGGUUUAGACCUGAAGGAUGCUGGAGUUUACACCUGUGUGUGUGGAGACCAGAAGACCACAGCCGCCUUAACAGUGCAUGCCCUGCCUCCACUGUUCAAAGAAGAACUGAAGAGCUUGGAAGCUACAGAAAACGGAGCAGCCACUCUGCGCUGUGAGCUGACCAAGGCUGCUCCAGUGGAGUGGAAGAAAGGGCACAAAGUGCUCAAAGCCAGUGAGAAAUACAAAAUGAGACAAGAAGGUGCCAUUGCAGAGCUGGCUAUCUGCACUCUGGAGGUGAAGGACACCGGAGAUUAUACCUGCGUGUGUGGAGACCAGCAGACCACAGCUACCUUAACAGUAAAUGCCUUGCCAGCACUUUUUAAAGAAGAACUAAAGAAUGUGGAAGCUAAAGAAGGUGGAAAUGCCACCCUGCACUGUGAGCUGACCAAGGCUGUUCCAGUAGAGUGGAAGAAAGGGCACAAGGUACUCAAAGCAAGUGAGAAAUACAAAAUGAGACUGGAAGGUGCCAUUGCAGAGCUGGUUGUCCAUGAUCUAGAUGAGAAGGAUACAGGAAAUUAUACUUGUGUGUGUGGAGAACAUCAGACCACGGCUGCUUUAACAGUACACGCUCUGCCUCCAUCUUUCAAAGAAGAAAUGUGCAAUGAGGAAGCCACAGAAGGUGGAACAGUCACCCUGCACUGUGAGCUGACCAAGGUUGCUGCCCCAGUGGAGUGGAAGAAGGGUCACAAUGUGAUCAGACCGAAUGACAAGUACACAAUGAGACAGGAAGGUUGCAUUGUGGAGCUGGUGGUCCAUGGUUUGGAUCUGAAGGAUGCUGGAGAUUACACCUGUGUGUGUGGAGACCAGAAGACCACAGCUGCCUUAACAGUGCAUGCCCUACCAGCACUUUUUAAACAUGAGCUUCGGGAUGAGGAGGCAGAAGAAGGUGGCACAGUCGCACUGCAGUGUGAGCUUACCAAACCUAGUGCUCCUGUAGAGUGGAAGAAAGGAGCUACAACUCUCUACCCUGGACUGAAAUAUGAGAUGAAGCGACAAGGGCCCAUUGCUGAGCUGGUCAUUCAUGACUUAAAACUGGACGAUACAGGAAAAUAUACCUGUGACUCUGGGGAUCAACAGACAACAGCUGCAGUGACCAUACAUGCCCUGCCCAUUGUAUUUAAGCAACCCCUUCAGAAUCAGGAGGCUGAAGAAGGAGGUACAGCCACAUUACAUUGUGAGCUGUCAAAACCAAAAGUUCCAGUGGAAUGGAGGAAAGGAGGCCUGGGGCUGCAGCCUAGCAAUAAGUAUGAAAUGAAACAGAGGGAAUACAUUGUGGAGCUCUUAGUACAUAAUCUCCAAGUCGAAGAUACAGGAGAAUACAGCUGUGAUAUUGGGGAACAGGAAACAAAGGCUUCUUUAUAUGUGAAAGCCCUCCCAGUUCUUUUCAAAAAAGAGCUCAAGGACAAGGAAGUGGAAGAAGGAGCUACAGUAAAACUCCAGUGUGAGCUGACAAAGGCCGCGGCUUCUGUGCAAUGGAGGAAAGGCACCAUGGACCUCUUUCCAUGUGCCAAAUAUGAAAUGAAAUUAGAUGGUCUCAUAGCUGAACUUGUGAUCCAUAACACAGAACCAGAGGACACGUCGGAUUACACCUGUGAUACUGGAGAUCAACGGAGCACAGCCAACCUCAGAGUGAAUGCCAUUAAACCUCUGUUCAAGCAACAGCUAAAGAAUGAGGAAGUGGAAGAGGGAGGAAUGGUCAAGCUACGCUGUGAGGUCACAAUAACUAAUGCUGUAGUAGAGUGGAGGAAAGAUGGCAGGGUGCUUCAGUCAAGUUCCAAGUAUGGAAUCAGACAGGAUGGGACCAUUCAUGAGUUAUGUAUUCAACACCUGGAGCCUAAAGACACCGGCGAGUAUUCCUGCACUGCUGGGGAUGAGACAACCUCUGCAAUGCUGACUGUGAAAGAGCCUGAUGUGACCAUAGUCAGUGGCUUGAAGAGCGUGGUGGUGUUUGAAGAGGAAGAUGCUAUGUUUCAGUGCUGGGUUUCACAUGACAACGCAAGGGAUGUGGAGUGGAAGCUACAGGAUGUUGCACUGCAGAGCAAUGAAAUGAAUGAGAUCUCUGUUGAAAAAGGCAAGAUUCACACACUUAGGCUGAGGAAAACCACCCAGCAGGAUACGGGCACCAUCACUUUCAGAGUGGGACCCUACGUGUCCACAGCAGAGCUCACAGUAAAAGUACCGCUUCCAGUCUUUAAAGAGAUUCUCAAGAACGCAGAAUUGGAGGAGGAUGCUACAGCCACUCUGGAGUGCGAGGUCUCUCAGCCCAAUGUAUCAGUGGAAUGGCGGAAGGGCUCCCAGGUGAUUUCUCCAAGCUCCAAAUAUGAAAUCAGGAAAGAGGGGACAAUCCAUACAUUAAAGAUUUAUAAUUUAAAGCCAGAAGAUUCGGGCAAAUACACUUGUGAUAACAGAAAUCAGCAAACUACAGCCAUUUUAACUGUCAAAGCCAUUCCAGCACUUUUUGAACAAAAACUCCAGAGCCAAGAAGCUGAGGAGGGCUCCCCUGUCACCCUACACGCUGAGCUCUCCAAACCCAAUGCCCCAGUGAAAUGGAGAAAGGGUUCAGUCCUGCUCCAAGCUAGUGCCAAGUACGAGAUGAGACAGAAGGGAUCUGCCGUGGAACUCCUAAUUCAUGACUUGCAGCUGAAAGACUCUGGAGACUACACUUGUGAUUCUGGCGAUGAGCAGACUACAGCAUCCUUGUUGGUAAAAGCUUUGCCAGUACUUUUUAUACGACCACUCCAGAGCCAGCAAGCAGAAGAGGGUGGCAUCAUCACCCUGAGCUGUGAGGUCUCUAAAUCCAAUGCCCCCGUGCAAUGGAAGAAAGCAGGGAAAGUUCUGCAACCAAGUGACAAGUACGAGAUGAAACAAACUGGCCCUGUCACUGAGCUGACAAUCCAUAACCUGAAUGAGGCUGAUGCUGGGGAAUACACCUGUGAUACAGGAGACCAACAAACCACAGCAGCUGUAUAUGUGAAAGAACCAGCAGCGAGCAUAGUGGAGGUGCUAAAGGACGUCACCUUAUAUGAAGGAGAAGACGCAGUGUUCAAGUGCAAGGUUUCUCGGGAGAAAGCUCGGGACGUGCAGUGGUGCCUGGGUGGCGUACCGCUCCAGCCCAAUGAAAUGAACGAGAUAACAGUUCAAGGGAAGCUUCACACUUUGACCCUGAGGAGGGUGACCCUAGAAGACUCUGGGUCUGUCAGUAUCAGAGUAGGGCAAAAUACCACAGAGGCACAGCUAACAAUCCAAGUUGCUCCAGCCAUAUUUGUAAAGUUGCUCGAGAACCAGGAACUGCAAGAGAGUGACACUGCAAAACUACAGUGUGAGCUAUCUAAGCCUAACAUCCCAGUGGAAUGGAAGAAAGCUUUGUCUGUGAUCAAGUCCAGUACGAAGUUUGAAAUCAAGAAGGAAGGGAACAUACAUACUCUGAUCAUCCAUGAUUUAAAACCUGAGGACUCAGGGGAGUAUAGCUGUAAUACAGUUGACAAGAAGACCACUGCCAGACUAGAUAUUAAAGCCCUACCUGUGCUUUUCAAACGUUGGCUCCAAAAUGAGGAAGUCGAGGAAGGGUGUACGGCCGCGCUGCGCUGCGAGCUGACAAAACCGAGUGCUCCAGUUGAAUGGAGGAAAGGAGAUGCGGUGCUGCAGUCAAGUGACAAGUAUGAGAUCAGGCAAGAGGGGACUUUUGUUGAGCUGUUUAUUUAUGACGUGGAACUUCAGGAUGCUGGGGAGUACACAUGUGAUUCAGGAGAUCAACAAACCACUGCAGCACUGCUAGUAAAAGUGCUAUCAGUGUUCUUUAAAGAGGAGCUGCAGAACAUCGAGGCCGAAGAAGGGGGAACAGCUGUCCUCCGGUGCGAGACCUCCAGACCUGGUGCCCUGGUGGAGUGGAGGAAAGGAGCGCUGGUACUUCAGCCCAGCGACAAGUAUGAGAUGCGUCAGAACGGCACCGAAGUGGAGUUAAUUAUUCAUGACUUGGAGGUUGAGGACUGCGGACCCUACACCUGUAGCACUGGGUAUGAGCUGACCACAGGCUCUGUGUACGUGCAAGAAGAGGAAGCAGAGGUAGUUUGUGGUUUAAAGAACAUGGAUGUCUUUGCGGGUGAGUCGGCCACCUUCACCUGCGAGCUCUCGCACCCGGGGGUGCAGAACAUACAGUGGUGGCUUGAUGGAUCUCCCCUUCAGAACAGCUCUGUGAAUGAAAUUGCUGUGAGAGAUGGAAAAAUCCACACUUUGACCCUAAAGAACCUGGGGUCUGAUGAUUCGGGGAUUGUGACUUUCAGAGCUGGGUCCCUCAUAUCUUCAGCUAAAUUAUUAAUCAAAGAUUCAACUAUUGAGGUGGUCAGUCCCAUGCAGGACAUUACCGUUGAUGAAGAUGGCACAGCAGAGCUCAUAUGCCAGUACUCUAGGCCAGUGCAAGCCACAUGGAAGAAAAAUGAUCAGGAAGUUUCUGCAGAUGGGCAACGAGUCAUUAUCGAGCAGGACUGGAAUGUAGCCAAGCUAAAAAUUAAACCUGCCCUUCCAGAAGACAGUGGCAUCUAUUCUUGUGAAGCUGGAAGCACUAAAGUUGUGGCUAUGCUUGAUGUUCAAGCCAAGAACAGUAUUGUCAAGGGUUUGGAGAAUGUGGAAGCCAUGGAAGGUGGUGAAGCUCUGUUUGAGUGCUACCUUUCCAAACCAGAGUGCUACAAUUACAACUGGCUGAUUGAUGAUGAGCCUGCCAAAACCACAGAAAACAUUGAGAUGGUUUACUUUGAAAAUGGACGCAGGCAUCUUCUCCUGUUGAAGAACCUCACUCCCCAGGACAACUGCAGGGUGACUUUCCUGACUAGUGAUGCUGUGACAUCUGCAUUCCUGACUGUGAAAGGAUGGCGCCUGGAAAUUUUGCAGCCUUUGGUUGACACUGAAGUUGCUGCUGGGGACCAAGCUACACUUAGCUGCGUUUUAAGUGAAGCAGUACCAGUCAGCGAAGUUGCCUGGUAUAUUAAUGAUGUGGAUAUCCAACCAGACGAGAACUGGGAAAUACAGGCAGAUGGAGACAGCUACAAACUGAUCCUGAAGAAAGCCCAACCACAUCAUGCUGGAGAGGUGACUUUUGCUGCAAGGGAUGCAAUUGCAUCAGCCACGUUAUCUGUAAUAGAGCCUCCAUUUACAGUCACUCGUCCCUUAGAAAGCAAGUCGGUCUUGGAAGGGGAGGUGGCUGUCCUGGAGUGUGAAUUUUCAAGAGAGACCCAAGAGGCAAUCUGGGUCAAAGGAAAAGAACAACUACAGCCUGGAGGGAGAUAUGAAAUAAAGUCUGAUGGCAAGAAGCAGAUACUCAUUAUUCGUGCGUUUAAACCUGAGGAUCAAGGAUUGUACACCUGCAUGAUCUCUCCCGAUGUCAGAUCCUCUGCCCUUCUGUCUCUUGAAGUUCCCACAGUGGCACUGCCAAAAGAGGCAGCCCAGGAAGCACGUGACGUGAUUCAACUUGAAGAGAUGGUGGAUGGACAUCUCCAGCCCAGCUUGCCACCCGAAGCUGCUCAGGAGGGGGACCUUCACCUCCUGUGGGAGGCUAUUGCCAAGAAGCGAAGAAUGAGCAGGGAGCCAACCCUGGAUUCCAUCAGUGAAGUGCCAGAAGAGGAUGAUAAACUUCAUAAGCUGAAGAAGGAAGAAGUGGAGUCUCAUUAUUAUUCAGAAGAAUACUCCACCUGUGAUGAGCUGACUAAAACUGGAGAAGCAGACUUCUCUUUCACAAGCUCAGACGAUGAGUCUAGGGCUGGGACGCCUUCACUAGUUAACUACCUUAAAAAGGCCGGGAAAUCUACUGUUAGCAUUGGUAGCAAGGUUCAGACGGUCUCCACCAGUAAAUUCUGGAAACACUGGGAGCAGUCGGGUGUCGAGACUAGUGAAUCUGCACUCCCUGCCAAGCCUGCUGAACCAGAAAUCAUGGAAGAUUUAGAUGAUCCUUCCAUGAACAAAGCAGCUGUGAAAAUUCAGGCUGCUUUCAAAGGCUACAAAGUGAGGAAGGAGAUCAAACAGCAGGAAUGUCCCGUGUUUGGUGGUACCCUCAAAGAUUUUUGUGGUGAGCCAGGAAGCACUCUCCACCUUGAGUGUGUGGCUCUCAGCAAAACUGAUAUGAAGAUCCGUUGGCUGAAAGAUGAUGAGGAACUUUCAGAUGGGCGCCAUUAUCACAUAGACAAUUACAGUGAUGGAACUUGCUCCUUGAUUAUCACUGGCCUGGACAUGAAAGACACGGGAAAAUAUACCUGUGAGGCAUCUAAUAAGUUUGGCAAGGUUUCCCAGAGUGCUAAGGUGGUGGUUGGUACCCGGGCACCGGAUGGUCUUCGUAAGCACAAGCAAGUGAAACGCCUCACUGAUAGUGAAACAGAGAGCUCUUCUGGCAGCGAACUGGAUGAUGCAUUCCGUAAAGCGGGAAGGAGGCUUCACAAGCUCUUCAAGUCCAAGAUCUCAACGGAAAUGUCUGAUGUGGAGGAGGAACUCUUUGUCAGCGCGGAUGAAGGGGAGGUGGAGGUGGUAGAUCACCAGACGUAUCGCGAGGAUGAUCAAUACAUCUACAUCAAGUUUGAAAUCUUGGCGGAAGCAAAAACAGCAGCCGGCCGGUUCAGAGAGAUGUUUGCUGCACUGGGUAUCCCAGUCGAGAUUGACAUCCUGGACCAAGGCCUUAAAAAAAUAGAGCUUCGCAUAGGGAAAGCAGCAUCUCCUGCUCCAGGGCAGAUUCAACCCUUGGUGAAAAGACCUCCACCACCUUUACUGACUUCCGACACAGCUCCCAUGUUCAUAACUGAGCUUCAAAACCAAGAGGUGCAAGACGGCUACCCAGUCAGCUUUGACUGUGUUGUUAUUGGCAAACCUUUACCCACGGUGCGCUGGUUCAAGGAUGGGAAAGUUAUUGAAGAAGAUGACCAUUAUAUGAUCAACGAGGACCAGGAAGGGUGCCACCAACUGAUCAUCACCGCCGUGGUUCCUACUGACAUGGGUGUCUACCGCUGCCUUGCUGAAAACAACAUGGGAGUUUCUUCAAGCAAGGCAGAGCUGCGAGUGGACUUGACCAGUACUGAUUAUGAUACAGCAGCAGACGCGACAGAGACAUCUUCAUAUUACAGUGCCAAAGGAUAUCUCUCAAGCCGAGAACAAGAGGGAGUAGAAUCCACCACAGAAGAGGAGCAGCUGCCUCAAAUCCUAGAUGAGCUUCAUGAUAUUCACGUGGCCCCUGGAGCAUCUUUGGCUAAAUUUCACCUGAAGGUCAAAGGGUACCCAGAACCUCGUCUUUACUGGUUCAAAGAUGGGCAACCAUUACAGGCCUCAGACCGAAUCCUGAAGACUGAGAAGAAGCAAUUUCAUGCACUCGAAAUCCUCAAUGUCGUUAAGGAGGAUGCUGGUCAAUACUCAGUAUUUAUUAGCAACUCUGCAGGUUCUGCAUAUUCAUCGGCCAGUUUGGUUGUCAAAGGUCCUGGUGAGAAGGAAGAACUGCCAGAAACAGAUGCUCAAGAACAGCUGGUGCCACCCAGGUUCCUGGAGAGAUUUACCAAUAAAAGUGUCAGGAAAGGUGCAAGUAUCACCUUCUCUGUGAAGGUUGAAGGACAUCCAGCACCCACAAUUACCUGGUUGAAAGAAGAAUCUCAUGAAGAUGUUCUGUGGAUCAAACCAGAGACUCCUGGUUACAAGCUCGCCAGUUCCAACAUGCAUCACAGUCUAAUCCUGCUGGAUGUUGGAAAGGAAUAUAGUGGAACCUACACUUGCAUUGCUACUAACAAGGCUGGACAAUCCAUCUGCACUGCCUCCCUAGAAGUUCUGGAUGUGAAAGAGGCUGAAGUUCUGACCCGCGAGCGCAUGAUGGUGACAGAUGUUAUAAUGACCACGCUGGGGUAUGAAGACAAGGACAGAAAAGGACAUGGAGUUGGUAUCUCUGUCCACCCUCCUGAAUCGAGGAAAGGAGAGCUUGUAGAAGGUGAGGCUGAAGGUGUGUCCAGAAGUCAUAUUUCAUUAGCUGAUGUUGGAACAGAAGAAUUCCUCCAGAAACUCACCUCCCAUAUCACAGAAAUGGUGUCUGCAAAAAUAAGUCAGGCCACACUUCGAGUGCCUGGAGCAGACAGUGAUGAUGAAUCUAAGACGCCAUCCCCAUCUCCACGCCAUGGCAGAUCUCGACCUUCCUCAAUUGUUCAGGAGUCUUCCUCUGAAUCUGAGGAUGGGGAUUCUAGAGGGGAGAUUUUUGACAUCUACAUGGUCACGGCUGACUAUGUGCCCAUUGGAGCUGACAGGGAAGCCAUCACUCUGAAAGAAGGGCAGUAUGUGGAAGUCCUUGACUCUGCUCAUCCUCUAAAGUGGCUAGUCAGGACCAAACCCACUAAAUCCAGCCCCUCUCGGCAGGGAUGGGUGUCGCCGGCUUAUCUGGACAAGAAGUUAAAGUUGUCACCAGAGUGGGGCACGUCGGAAGCGCCCGAGUUCCCCGGCGAAUCUGUUUCAGAAGAUGAAUAUAAAAGGAAGCUGAGCGUCAUUAUUCAGGAACUACUGAACUCUGAGGAGGAGUUUGUCAAAGAUCUGCAGUUCCUCCAGACCCAUCACCUCCAGUGCAUAGAGAGCUGUCCGGAUGUUCCAGAAACUGUUGCCAGUCAGAAAUCUACUAUCUUCAGAAAUGUCAGUGCUAUUGCGAGCUUCCAUUCCAAUUCCUUCUUCCCAGAGCUGCAGAAAUGUGACACUGAUGACGACAUAGCUAUGUGCUUCAUUAAGAAUGAGGAGGACUUUGAUAAGUACAUCCAGUACCUGGUGGGGCGGAUACAGGCCGAGUCUGUCAUUCUCAGCAAAGCCAUUCAGGAGUUCUACAAGAGAUAUACAGAGGAAACAUUAGCCAGUGAGGAUCCGUCCCAGCCACCUAUACCUCCACUGCAGCACUAUUUAGAGAGACCCAUAAACAGGAUCCAGCAGUAUCAAAUUAUAAUCAAGGAAUUAAUCCGAAAUAAAGCAAGAAACAGCCAAAACUGUGCAUUGCUGGAGCAGGCUUAUGCCAUUGUGUCCGCACUCACCCAGCGUGCAGAAAACAACCUCCAUAUCUCACUCAUUGAGAACUAUCCAGGGACCCUGGAAAUUCUAGGAGAACCCAUCCGACAGGGUCACUUCAUAGUGUGGGAAGGAGCUCCAGGAGCCAGAAUGGCAUGGAAAGGUCACAACCGACAUGUCUUCCUCUUCAAGAAUUAUAUCCUGAUCUGCAAACCCAAGCGAGACACCAAGACAGACACCUACAGCUACAUCUUCAAGAACAUGAUGAAGCUGUCCCACAUAGAUGUGAACGACCUGGUGGAAGGAGAUGACCGGGCAUUUGAGAUCUGGCAUGAGCGAGAAGACUCUGUCCGCAAGUACCUACUUCAAGCUCGUACGGUCAUCAUCAAGAACUCCUGGGUGAAGGAAAUCUGUGGUAUACAGCAACGUAUCAGCCUGCCUGUGUGGAUUCCUCCGGAUUUUGAGGAAGGACUGGCUGACUGUACAGCUGAGCUGGGUGAAACUGUCAAAUUGGCUUGCAAAGUGACAGGAGCUCCUAAGCCAGUAGUCGCUUGGUAUAAAGAUGGCAAACCAGUGGAGAUGGAUCCCCAUCACAUUAUAAUAGAAGAUCCUGAUGGUUCCUGUACAUUGAUCCUGGACACUCUGACGGGUAUUGACUCAGGACAGUACAUGUGUUUUGCCACCAGUCCGGCUGGUAAUGCCAGUACACUAGGAAAGAUCCUUGUUCAAGUGCCACCGAGGUUUGUGAACAAGGUUAGAAAUGCUUAUUAUGUUGAAGAUGAAGAUGUUCAGUUUACCUGCACCAUUGAAGGAGCACCGUAUCCUCAAAGCAGGUGGUAUAAAGAUGGUGCCCUGCUGACAGACAUCAAUAAAUACCAGACUUUUAGUGAGCCACGGAGUGGCGUGUUAGUCUUGGUGAUCAAAAAUGCUUCUAAGGAAGACAUGGGACACUAUGAAUGUGAACUGACGAACAGAUUAGGUUCAGCAAGGAGUGGAGCGGAUCUUUGCCAGCAGAGUGCAGCAUUACUGGCCCAGGAGAAGAGAGGAGACCAAGCCAUUACUAUAGAAGGAGAGGUCUCACCACAGUCAGAGCUGGAGAAUUCUGUCCGGGCCUCGCUUGAACGUGCAGACAAGGAGAUAAGGAUAGCCCUGAAGAAACUCGUGGAUUCCACAUCAGUGCAUGUGACUCUUCCUCCAAGUAUGAGAGGAAAGGCUGGUGGCUUUGGCGUUCUUGAGUCCACAGCUUCAGAUACAGAAAAUAGACAUCCUGUGAUAGUUCAUGAAGUCAGCACGCAAACCCAAAGUGCUGGAGGUCAUGGUGAAGUGCGAGACAGCACUGGGAAAAUUCCGGAUGAGAAACUGAGUGAAACAAAGUCAAGCCCAACCACUUCCCAAAAAGAGACGACUGCUGGAGCUGCAGGAGGUCAGGAACGCACUAUUCCCAUUACCAGAACAUCAGCAGUCACAGAAGGAGCAGACUGGUGUAAAAGAGAAGGGGCAGAUGUGGUCUGGGAUGUCCAGAGUCAAAUUUAUAUUGAGACCACAGAAAGAACCUGCGUUUAUAAAACAGAGGAGAAGAGCGCAGCAAGGCCUCCAUAUAUGCAAGUGACCAUUGAGGAUGUGCAGGUUCAGUCUGGGGAGCUUGCCAAAUUUCAUGCGGUUAUUGAAGGAAAUCCCCAGCCUACUAUUGCAUGGUAUAAGGAUAAUUCCUUGUUGACUGACAGCAACAGGAUCCAUCAAGUGAAAGAAGGCACAACAUACUCUUUGAUCCUGGAAGAUGUUGCCUCAGAAGAUGGUGGCGUCUAUACCUGCAUUGCCAAAAAUGCAGGAGGGGAGGUCUUGUGCAAAGCAGAGCUUGUUGUACAUGAGGCUAAGAAAGACCAAGUGACAAAGAAACAGAGCACCCGAAGGAAACUCCAUUCCUUCUAUGAGGUGAAGCAGGAGAUAGGAAGGGGCUCUUUCAGCUUUGUGAAACGGGUUGUGCACAAAGGGAACAGAGUAUCCUGUGCUGCCAAGUUCAUACCUCUGCGAAGCAAAACAAGAACCCAGUCCUAUCAAGAGAGGGACAUCCUAGCCACUCUCUCCCAUGAUAAAAUCACCCAGCUGCUGGAUGAGUUUGAAACAAGGAAAACCUUGGUUUUGAUUUUGGAGUUGUGCUCCAAUGAGGAGCUCUUGGACCGUUUAUUCAGGAAGAGUGUUGUUACUGAAGCAGAGGUUAAAUUAUACAUCAAGCAACUUUUGGAAGGACUCCGCUAUCUCCAUGACAAUAAUGUACUUCACUUGGAUAUUAAGCCUCCAAAUAUCCUGAUGAUUUAUCCAGAAAGAGAAGACAUUAAGAUCUGUGACUUUGGGUUCGCUCAAAAGAUAAAUCCAUCUGAGCCUCAGUACAGCAAAUACGGAUCUCCAGAGUUUGUAUCCCCAGAAAUUAUCUCUCAGUCCCCAGUGUCAAAAGCAUCUGAUAUUUGGGCUGCUGGAGUCAUCAGCUAUUUAAGUUUAACCUGCAAGUCUCCAUUUGCUGGGGAAAAUGACAGAGCAACUCUUCUAAAUAUCCAGAACGGGACAGUUUCAUGGACUAUCCCUGACUUUGUUCACCUAAGUGAAGAAGCGAAGGAUUUUAUCAGACAGAUCCUACAGCUCUCUCCUGAAACCAGGCCUAGUGCUUUGGAAUGUCUCUCACACAACUGGUUCUUGCAUAAUCUCCCGCUAGAAGAGGCUCAUUUUAUUAACACAAAACAGCUGAAGUUCAUUGUGGCUCGAAGCAAGUGGCAGCGUUCCCUCAUGUGCUAUAAAUCUAUACUGGUAAUGAGAUCCAUUCCAGAAAUCCUACAGAGAACUCACAAAAACACGUCGCUAGGCAUCUCCCGACACCUGGUUGCAGAAAGUAGUUCUUCCACUACUCCUGGCUCCUCUUCAGAUGAUGAGAACGCAUCCUUCCCCAGGAGAGGGCACUUUGGCUCUACACCAGAACUGCACUUGCCUGUGUUUGAUUCACCGAGAUAUCAAGAACCUCCAAGUUAUGCGGCAGAAGAGAAACGUUCCAAGGUCUUGGUGCCGCCAGUAAAACCCAUGAGACGGAAAUACGCUUUAGUGAAAAGUGAGCUGGAUGAUAAGCCACCUACAGAAAGCAAAGUACUAAUGGCAGGUGCCUUUGCUCAGAAAGCAGAGGUGGUCAGUUCAGAAAUCAAAGAUGAAAAAGAAGAUCAGUCCCAAGAGAGUGAUGCAGAACAGCCUUCAUUGGUGAAGGCAGCCACUUUAGAUACAUCGGACUUGGCACCACCAAAAGGAAAAACAGACACAUUAUUACCGGACAAAGACAAAAUCGUAAAGACUGGAGCUGCAAUGGAGAAACCACCCUUGUGUGUCCCCAGACAGAGUGUCAUUAAAAGCACAUUCUACAGCCAAGCGUCUGAGGCUCCUACACGUCUACCUGUCUCACCAGGCAGAGACUACAGAAGGCACCUUGACAGAACAAGAAGAGCCUUCAGGAAAGCAGGGUAUUUAACGGUACCCUUGAGUGGUCUACGGGAACCCCUUCUAGAACAGUUUGAAUUGAAAGAAGAGGAGGAGGAAGAAGAAGAAGAAGGAAUGUCUGGUGAUGAAGAAUAUGGAAAAAGCAGAGAAAGUGUGGCAGGCCCUCUGACCAAAUCGGCUUCCUUUGAUACUGCGAGGAAACCGUCACGUCACACCCUUCAGGUGUCCAGCAGAAGCCGUUCCCUGGAUGAUUACAGACUAAGAGCCGUAAGUUUAGCCAAGGAGCAAGACAUUCUGGAAGAAGACUGUGAUCUAACGUCACAGGGGAGUUAUCCCGGACUAGCUCAGCAGCAUGACAUAUCUACUGACUCUGGCAAGGUUUGGCCUGAGGAGCAUUUGAUGGAGGAGGACUCAAGGGAAGCUAGGAAGGAUUGUUCAGAAGAACAGCCAGUCCCUUCUGCACAGUGUGGUGAUGAAGGAUGCCCGGGUCUAGCUGUUCAAUCACAGAAGGUCCCAGUGUCGGCCCACCAGGGUGAAAGUGAGGGGCAUUUACAUCAAAAGACAAAACCUUCCAUUGACAUGGAUGUGGAGCCAGCUGUUCUGGAAGGUGAAAGCCUGAUUCUAACUGCUCAGCAGCCAGACACAGCCCCAGUGUCAGCUCACACAUGUGAAAGUGAAGAGCAUUUAAAGCUGACACUGAAGCCUAGUGGUGCAGAGUUUACACUUCUGCAGGGUGAAAGCUCCGUUUUGAUUGUUCCCGAAUCCGAGAGAGCCCCAAUAUCAGGCCACAAGAGUGAGAGAAGAGAAUGUGCACAUCAGCAGCCAAAGCCUUCUGUUCACAGUGCUGCAGAGUCUCCUGAUCUACAGGGUGAAAGCCCAGUUUUCCUAGAGACUGCCCAAAUUCCAGCUUGUAAGGGUGAAAGCCCAAGUAUUUUAACAGCUCCACAACCAGACACUGCUCCACUUUCAGUCUGCCAGGGUGAAACCCAGGGAUGCUUACAUCCGAAGCCUUCUGAUUACUUGGGCACAGCCUCCACUGUUUUGGCGGGAAAACAUCCAAUGAUUCUAACACCGCCACCAGAAAGUGCCCCAGUUUCAGACUGUGAGGGUGAAAGGCAGGAACAUUCCUGUCAGGCGCCUUCUGUUCACAUUAAGGUGGGGUCUGCUGUUCUACGGGGUGAAAGCCUUUUUAUUCUCACAAUUCCACAACGAGAAACUGCCCCGCUUCCAGUCUAUGAGAGUGACAGCCAGGAACAGUCACCUCAGAAGCCUUCAGUUUGCAGCGAGGUGAAAUCUGCAGACUCGGAGAGUGAAAGCCUAGCUAUUCUAGAGACUUCCCCUGUUUCACUUGUCGAGGGUGAAAGCCAGGAACACUCACAUCAGAAGCCUUCUGUUUACAGCAAGGCAGAGUCUGCUGUCCUGGAGGACUUGGUUGAAGAGAUGGUUUGUCUGUCUCAAGAUAUGAAUGUUUUGGCAGAGUCCGUUUCUACUCAAGAGGGAUGUGAAAAGCACUUCUCCCCUCCAAAGGAAAUGUUCUACCAAGGUCCAGCUGGCCAUACAGCCACCAGACAUCCCACUCAUUUUGUGCCAUGGAGUAAAAGAGAAGAGGGCAUUUACCAGGCUGAUCUUACAGAAUCAGCUGCACCAAUUCCUGCAGUGGAAGAUAAGUUGAGUAUGCCAGCUCUGUUGAGUGUAGUCACUGAGGAGGGAAAGGUGGCUUCUCAUGAAUGUAAACAUCUAGGGGAUUUAGCAAUCAAAAGCACUCGUUCCAGCAAAGCAAGCAUAUCCCCGUCUGAUCAUUCAGGUUCUGGAAAAAGAUCUAGUCAUAUCUCCGAUAGCCAGGAACCUGACAAACACUCUGAAGUUUCCUUAGUGAAGAUUAAAGACCUCUCAGAAGAGAUGCCUAGCACUGGCAGCGGGACUUCAAAAUUUGAUAUCUCUGAGGUAGAGCCUGCAUAUUUGAACCUAUCAGAUCUCUACGAUAUUGUAUAUUUUCCAUUUGAAUUUAUGAACGUCAAGAAGCCCCCAUCCAAACCAAUCGGUAAAAGAUUUAUGCCCUUCGGCGAAAAGGUUAAAUUACCUCCUGCGACUAAAGGACAUUUGCAUCAGUAUAAAAGACUGUGCAUUCGGGAGGACGUUAAAUCCCCUUCAGAUAACUCACAAGAUGCCACGACGGGGGAAACCAGACAAAACCUUUUGGACAUUUCUGAAGAUGUCGGGCAACCCCUUCGAAGGCUGGGGAAAGGUUCCGAACCACCAAUGGGAAAAGGAGCUGAGGCCUAUGUGACAACUGAACCCCAGACAAUGUAUGGUUUCCAAAAGGACUCAGAUGGUAAGCAGAGAAACUCCACACACAGCAAAUCAGGACUCUUUAAACUCUAUGGCAGAUCGCACUCAAUGGAGCAGUCAGUAGAGCAGACUCUGAAGAAGAAAGUAAAAGCUUCUGUUGCCCAUAUUUCAAGAAUCCUGAAAGGAAAGCCAGCCCCUGAACCGGAGCAAAAGGAAGCACCUUCUUUUGUAGAAGAGCUCACGGAUCAGGAUGUUGCCCUGGGGCAGUCUGUGACUCUGUCCUGCCAAACGUCUGCCCAUUUCCCUCUGCACAUUGACUGGUUCAGAGAUGGGGUGCCCAUUCGCAGCAGCAGUAGGAUACUGAUCUCAGCCACACUCAAAAACUUUCAGCUUUUAACCAUAUUGGUGGUUAUGGAUGAGGAUUUUGGUAUUUACACAUGUGCGGCCAGCAACUCCCUGGGUACAGCAUCCACCUCCUGUGUAAUAAGGAAGGCAGAAGUUCUGGCUAGUCCCCCCGCCCCUGAUAUUGUGGAGGUAUAUGAGGAUGGAGUGCAAGUGGUCUGGAAACCUGUGGAAUCUAACACCGUGGUUACGUAUACUGUACAGUGCAAGAGCGAAGAUGGUGAAUGGAAGACCCUUGUUACUGACAUGGCUGAUUGCUGCUACUAUGCCAGUAAUCUCUCCAGGGGCUUGGUUUACGCUUUCCGGACAGCCUGCAUCAGUAAAGCUGGAAUGGGACCUUACAGCAGCCCGUCGGCCAAAGUAAAGAUUGGUGAAAAAGACCAAACAGCGUUUCAAUCUGCAAAGCAGACGUUCCCAGCUGCUACAGAGGGUGAGAGUGAAAUAAUGGCACCAGCAGAGCCUUUUCCAACCCAGCAAAGCUACGCCUUCCAGACAGAGAUCAAAAGGGGGCGUUUCAGCAUCGUCAGACAGUGCAGGGAAAAAUUAAGCGGAAAUGCGCAGGCAGCCAAAAUUAUCCCCUACCGGCAAGAAGACAAGCAGGCUGUGCUCCAGGAAUAUCAAGUCCUGAGGAAGCUUCAUCACACAAAUAUAGUCCAGCUGCAAGGAGCCUACGUGAGCCCACGGCACCUAGUGCUGAUCCUGGAAUUGUGCGUGGGGCCAGAGCUACUCCAUUGUUUGGCUGAAAGGACAUCCUAUUCAGAGGUGGAGGUCAGAGACUAUCUAUGGCAGAUCCUCAGUGCAGUUGAGUUCCUCCACGCACACCACAUCCUGCACUUGGAUCUGAGGUCUGAAAACAUGAUAAUUACAGAACCCAACCUGCUUAAACUCCUGGACUUUGGCAACGCGCAGUUCUACAUGCCAGACAGAGUCAUUACCAUGGAUAGGUGCAUUGACUACGUAGAAACCAUGGCUCCAGAACUGCUGUCAGAGCAAGGAGCCCUCCCGCAGACUGACAUCUGGGCUGUCGGCAUCACCGCUUUCAUCAUGCUGAGUGCCGACUACCCCCUCAGUUCUGAUGUAGCCUGUGACUUUCUGAGAAUCGCCAAGAAAGGGAAGGUGAAACUUACCAGAUGCUACGCGGGUCUGUCCGGGGGGGCCGUGACAUUUCUUCAAAGCACGCUGUGCGCAAAUCCCUGGGGGAGGCCAUCGGUAGAGGAAUGCCUUCAGGCUCCAUGGCUCCAGGAGACGGGAUUGGAUGGCAGACAGCAAGUGGUAGUCACUUUCUCCACCGCCAAGCUGAGGAGUUUCCUAGCAGAACGGGAGAAGAAAAGGAGCCUCUUGUGUUCAAAGUAUGGGCUGAUGAUUGCUCAGUGA